AAUUUGACAGAUGAGCUGUCAGCUGAUGCUAUGUGGCUAGAUAGCUAGCAUAACUUAGUUGUUAGCUCACUACUCAGACAUAGCUAACUAGUUAAUCUAUGAAUUAGCUAGCUAGCUAGCGUGUUAUUGUUAUAUCAUGUCAGUUACACAUCCAGUUUCACCACCUUGAAGGAAGCGUGUCUCUAACCGCUGCAUUUAGAGCGUUUGAUGAGCUAACGUUAGCUAGCUGCAGCUAGGGGGUGUGUAACGUUACAAACGUACAGUAACUAACAGUAGCGUUAGUUAGCUAGCAAGCAAGUCUAUUAACACCUUUCUGUAUUAACCAAUGACGUUACUUGUCUGGUCAAUAUUUAUUUUUUACUGAAAAUGUAUCACUACUGUAACUGUCAGACACCGAUGUGCAAGGAGAGUGAAACGCAGUUUUGCGGCUGCUGCUUGUAGUUAGCUAGCUAGCUGGCUAGUUAGUUAAAUUGCUAUAGACUAGCUAUCAAGUCCAUGGGCACCUUUCUGUAUUAACUAGCUAAUACUUUAAUGCCUGGUCGAUAUUUAUGGUAAUUGUUUUUACUGAAAAUGUAUAGAUAACUCAGUCACAGAUGUGGCACUAUAGCUCAAGGCCAUGACAUGGGAGUGAUCAAAUGAAUGUGUGUACUAAAGGUGUGUAAGCAAACCAUAAGUCGAUGGGGCAAACUCAUCCUGUAUUGCACCAGUACAGUGCCCAGUGUGGUAGUGGGAGAUGAGGCAGUGAGAAAGAGAGCCUCUCCUCAGACCCCGUGUACUCAGGAGAUGGGAGCCAACACCAGCCAGGUCAGUGACCUGUGUGAGAACCAGAGCCUCAGGACCCUGAUCGGAACAGAGUCCAUCUCAGAGAAUGAUCCCUUCUGGAACCAGCUCAUCUCUUUCACCUUCAUCAGUCCCACUAGCAGUGGGGACUCCAAGCUGUUGGAAGAGGCUGUCAUUCCCCUCGCCAAGAUUCUGAUUGAGAACAAUCCCAGAACAGGGAAUUUUGGAGCCCUGGUGAGAAUAUUCCUGGGAAGAACCAAAGAGCUGAAAAUAUCCACAGAAUGCCAAGAUCAGCUGUUUAUCUGGCAGGCCCACAAUGCCCUGUUUAUGAUCCGCUGCCUGCUCAAAGUCUUCAUCAGUGAGAUGACAGAAGAGGAGCUGCACCUACAGUUCUCCUACCAGGAGAGGGCGCCAGGCUCCUGCGACACGGGGAGAGAGGACCUGCUGGAGGAGCUGAUUUGUAACCUGGUACACCUGGUCGUGGAGGUGCCCCUGCUGGACAUCACGUACAGUAUCCUGUUUGAGGCUGUGACCACCAUGUUGGUGUUACUGUCCUACCAGCUCUUCCACAAGGAGAUGCUGAGAGACGGACUCAUUUACCAGUACCUGAUGAAGGAACGAUGUGUGUCCCUGACCAGUCGGUUAGUGAAGACCCUGCUGUAUAACUUCAUCAGACAGGAGAAGUGUCCUCCUCCCGCCACACACAUCUUUGAUCAGCAGUCCGACGGUGGAGGCCUGCUCUACGGCCUCGCCUCAGGGGUAGCAAGUGGGUUGUGGAGUGUGUUCACUCUGGGCGGAGCCAGCAGUAAACCAGGAUUGGAGCAGGAACAGAACCCACUUCCCUUAUCCAAUCAGAGCCUGUUAUUACUCCUGGUGCUAGCUAAUCUGACAGAUGGACUAAACGACUGCCCAAACCCCUACAGACAGGCUGUCACCUGCUUCAAAAACACACAAGACACGUCAUCCAUCCCUACAGAGCAGCACCAUACGUUCCAGAUUAACUUCAACAGCCUGUACACAGCUCUGUGUGAGCAACAGAGGUCUGACCAGGCUACGCUGUUACUCUACACGCUGCUGCAUCAGAACACCAACAUGAGGAACUACAUGCUGUCACGCACAGACAUGGAGAACUUGGUGGUGCCCAUCCUAGAGAUCCUGUACCAUGUGGAAGACAGGAACUCUCAUCACGUCUACAUGGCCCUCAUCAUCCUCCUCAUCCUCACAGAGGACGACACCUUCAACAGAUCCAUACACGAGGUGGUAUUGAAGAACAUAACGUGGUAUUCAGAACGUCAGUUAACAGAGAUCUCUCUGGGUAGUCUACUCAUCCUGGUGGUCAUACGCACCAUCCAGUACAACAUGACACGGACCAGGGAUAAGUACCUGCACACCAACUGCCUGGCAGCCCUGGCCAAUAUGUCAGCCCAGUUCCGCUGCUUACACCAGUACGCUGCCCAGCGCAUCAUCAGUCUAUUUGCACUGCUGUCCAAGAAGCACAACAAGGUCUUGGAGCAGGCAACCCAGUCUCUGAGAGGUCCCCGGGGGGCAGACGACACCUCUGUACUGCCUGACUACGCCCAGGACCUGAAUGUGAUCGAGGAGGUGAUCAGGAUGAUGCUGGAGAUCAUCAACUCGUGUCUGUCGAACUCUCUACACCACAACCCCAACCUGGUCUACGCCCUGCUCUACAAGAGAGAGCUCUUCGAACAGUUCAGAACACACCCCUCCUUCCAGGACAUCAUGCAGAACCUCGACACGGUGAUAGGUUUCUUCAGCCAGCGUCUGGAAGCAGCAGGGACUGACCUGUCAGUAGAAAGGGUUCAGGAAGUUAUCAUGAAGGGAGCACAGGCCCUUCCCAACGACCGCCUCAAGAAGUUCCCGGAGCUGAAGUUCAAGUAUGUAGAGGAGGAUCAACCUGAAGACUUCUUCAUCCCGUACGUGUGGUCCCUGGUCUUUAACUCUGGAGUGGGUCUUCACUGGAGCACGACAAACAUACAACUCUUCAGCAUGGACUCUGCCUGAGGGGGGUUCACGCUGAGGG